ACACUGGACUGCUGACACUAGCGAGUAGCAAUAGGCUCGAGGUAAAUGCAUGUGCAGAAGAAAUUAUGUACGGCCAGUAAAGCCAUGGGUUUAUGUUAAUAAGUGUCAUUACGAGAGUUACCUUAUGCUUUUUUUUAUAUUUUAAAAAAGUUUUAUUUGUUAACAUAAAUAUUCAGCGCAGUGUCAUCUUGUACGAUAUUAUUUAAAAUGACAGUUAAAUGCCGUUAUUUCUGUUGAAAUCUACCUGCUAUCUCAGUAUAUGGUUAUCUAUCCGAUGCAGACAACUAAAAUGAACUAGACUGACCACAAAAAAUACACUUUUUACGUAUAUAUCUAGCAAAUAACUUACUAAAGCAUUCGUAUAUUUUAUAAUUUGCCAGUUAGCUAGCUAAGCAAGAAGUGAUUAUGGGUGAACUGACGUUCGAGUAACCGAGUUAGUUAGCCGCAUUUCGGGAAUAACUUGCAAAAAAUGAACUGUCAGAUAAGGAAAUUUCUGAAAUAAUGAAGUGCUUGUCAGAAGAAGUCCAAGCAAAGCUUCGCUCUGGAAUUGCGAUAGUAUCAUUACAGCAAUGUGUGGAAGAGCUCGUUUUAAACAGUGUAGAUGCCGGCGCGACAUGCAUUGCUGUCAGGAUGGACAUGGAGGCCUGCAAACUUCAGGUCAUAGACAACGGAUCUGGGAUGGAGAGGGAUGACAUGGAAAGAGUGGGAAGCAGGUACUACACAAGUAAAUGCACAUCAUUGGAAGACCUGGAGAAUCUCUCCUUCUAUGGUUUCAGAGGGGAGGCAGUUGCUAGCAUUGCCUCUCUUGCCACACUGGUGGAGAUUUCCUCAAGGACAAAACUGUCAGUGAAAACAUUUGUCAAGGUCUUCAAGGAGGGCAAGGGCUUGGAUGUAUUUGAGGCUGGGACUACUCGACCAUCAUCUGGAACAACAGUGGUGAUAUGUAACUUUUUUCACAACAUGCCUGUAAGAAGAAAAAGGGUAGACCCUGUGCUUGAGUGUGACCGCAUCAAACGGAGGGUUGAGGCCCUCUCCUUAAUGCAUCCAUCUGUCUCCUUCACCUUAAAGAAUGACUGUACCGGAGCCAUGGUGGUGCAGCUCUCCAAGGCCAGAAGCACCUACCACAGAUUCAUACAAAUUCAUGGCCUGGGGAAGGCCCAGAAGCUGGGGGAGGUAAGCUUCCCUCAUGGCCAGUUUGAGCUCAAUGGAUACAUUGGCCGUGAGGGUCACUACAACAGCAGCCUUCAGUACUUAUUUGUCAAUAGCAGACUUGUCCUGAAGACAAACAUUCAUAAACUGCUGAAUUCACUCCUGAAGGGGGUCUGUGGUGCCAGCAGGCUGAAUGGAGGUCCUGGUGUGUCAUCUGCCUUGGGGAGCCCAAAGCAAAAAGGAGGGCAAGAGCAGCAUGCUAUAUAUGUGAUUAACAUUAAAUGCCCUUAUUCAGGGUAUGACGUAUGCCUUGACCCAGCCAAGACCCUAAUUGAAUUUAAAGAUUGGGAGAGUGUGCUGUUCUGUGUGGAACAAGGGGUCAAAAGCUUUCUGACCAGAGAGAAUCUGGAUACGGAACUUUCACCUGAGGACACCCAGGAUUAUUUUGCUGGGAACAGUGUGAAUCAACUUCUGGCCAGCCUAGGUAGGACAGUAGACGGUGUGGGAAGGACUCCUACUGCGGUACCUUGCUUUACAGGAACGUGCUAUGAUGGGAAAACACUUGAAUCUAAAGCUGUGUACAGGAGACUGGCACACGAUAUUAAUGGGACAGAACAAGUCAACAUGUCAGAGCAGGUGACUGAUAGUUUGAAUAAAAAUAUCAGUAACACUGAUGCUUCAGGAGGUAUGGAAUUAGAAAGCGAACUUCCCAUGAGUACAACCAGUCCAGUUCAUGUACAAAAGGACAGCUGGAAAGACCAGUGCAGCACAUUAAUCACAACUGGCAGACCACUGCUUGAGCUUUCAGGGGAUAAGGAACGACAUCAUAGUCCUCAGAUAGCAGGAAGACUAGGCAGUCCUUAUUCAGGAGCUGAUCAACUAGUGUGCAGUUCAAAUACUGAAAGGGUAAAACAGUGUGAAAGUCAAAUUUUUGAAACAGAAAGAUGUGAGAAGAUAGUGUAUAUCACAGAGCAGGAGCCUUCUGACUUUUGUAAACCAUCCAGUAAAACCUUAUCUGAAAAUACUGGUCUGAAAGCUCAGGCUGACAAGGCAAAUGAUCCUUGCUUGAAUAAGUUGCAGCUGGGCUCAUUAGGGUUUAUCACACAUGUAAUACCUCAAACACAUACUGAAGAGGUACCAAUAGAACAGGCAGGACUUAGUAAGUUUUGUCCACCUGGACCGAUUUCAGCUCAGCAUCUUUUCCCUCAGUGCCCUGUUGAAGAUCAUGAGCUUACCUCGGUGAUGCAGCCUUCAAGACACAGUGGUGCUCUGACAUGCCAUGCCAUUGAGCAGCAGAGCAGGGGUUCAGCAUUUGAAGUUCAUGAAAACGUCUCUCUGGCAACAAAGAGGAAGUUAUCAUUUUUAGAGGAUUCCAGACAUUUAGUUAUCAGUGACAGUGGAUUUAAGGGCUUUCCUCUCAGGAAACAUAAGAUUUCCAAGGUAAUGCCAUGCCCAAAAGUAGUUUUAACAAAGCAGGCUGGAUCACUAGACAGAUUUAGAAGAAAGUAUGGAAAGCAGUCAGGAACACAGCCUGUUUCUGUAGACAUUGUAAAUGAUGAUGUUGAAAUGGCUCCUGAAGAUAGAACAUCACAUGUCGGAAAUACUCCAAUCAUUGCAGGGAAGUGUUUAUCUCCUGCAGAGGGCCAGCUGAAUGACACUUUUAAAACGGUUAUCACAUCUCAAGAAGACACUCUACCAUCACUUUCAGAAGACACCAUACUUAAACCUGCCCCAUCCCAGAGUUCACUGGCUGGCAAGCUGUCGCGCUUAAAAAAGCACCGGAUGGGCAAUGAGAGCAGUACCCUGAAUGUACCACUGAACCAUGUUCCAAAUGCUGGUGGCAGAACUAAGGACAAACUUGAGCAACUCUACGAUAAGGAAGAACAGCCAUCUGAUGUGCUUCAUCCCUCAGUGGAUAACAGCGUUCUAGAUGCUAAUGCUAACUGGCUUGGCCCAUCAGCUGAAAAACAUAAAGAUACCCAAGACUGCUUAAAGCAUGUAUAUUUAAAUGCUGAACAUGUAUCCACCGCUAUUUUCUCAAUUAAGGAAAACAAUGUUCUUUCAGCUGAAAUGGCCAAUGAAAAGAGACUGAACGUCCCUCUAACUGAGGGGAUAAAUCCCAGUGAGGAUGUCCUGCAGGCGCAAGGAACAAUUAAGGGAAUAAAAAAAGACGUGGGUGAUACUGGGGCACUGGAUUCCAGUGACUGGGUGGAGCACUUUGAUGAUGCUGUGGGGAAGCUAGUUUACAUCAACAAGAUAACAGGUCUGAGUAAAUAUGAGGCCCCUUUUGUGGAAGAUACUCAAGUGCCCUGUGUGAGCGAUGUCACCACCAUGGCCGUUAGUGUCAUCUCCAGAAAUGGGAUUGAGUACAGGUGUUACCCAUUUCAAGCAGAGUUAGUGUUGCCCUUCCUGCCCAGAUCCAGAGCAGAGAGAGUGCUUAGUUCAGGCCUGGAUGAGAAAGAUGAACCUCAGUCUGCAGACUCUCUGUCCUCACUGUACUCAAAGUGGGAAAAUCCAGUGUUUGUUCGACCUCCCGAGGUUGCAGUGGAUGUGACCACUGGUCAAGCUGAAGGACUAGCUGUGAAAAUCCACAACAUCCUCUACCCUUACCGCUUCACGAAGGACAUGAUUUUGUCCAUGAAGGUGAUUCAUCAAGUGGAUAAGAAGUUUCUUGCAUGUCUGAUUAACACAAGAGACCAGGAGGAUGCCAACUGCAGAGAUACUGAAGGGAACUUGCUGGUGUUGGUGGACCAGCACGCUGCUCACGAGCGAGUCCGUCUGGAGAGCCUCACAGCAGACUCCUAUGAGGAAGACCCAGAGUUUCAAGGCCAGAAGCAGCUGCGAUCCUCCAAUGUGUCGCCACCUCUCGAGAUUGUCGUCACAGAGGAAGAACUGAGGCUGCUUAGGUCCUGCCCACAGUUCCUCAGGGGUCUGGGGCUAGAGAUGAAAUUUGUGGAGACAGAGGAGCCUCGUGUUCUGGUGGGGAAGGUGCCCGUGUGUUUUGUGGAGAGGGAAGCCAGUGAGCUUCGCCAUGGGAGGCGCACCGUCACCAAGGAUAUUGUGGAGGAGUACAUUCAAGAACAGCUUGAGCUGCUGCGCUCCGCCGGCCGGGUGCGAGGGACUCUGCCUCUAACGGUACUGAAGGUGCUGGCCUCGCAGGCCUGCCAUGGAGCCGUUAAAUUCAAUGCCAGCUUGAGCAGGGAAGAAUGCUGUAGCCUGAUUGGCUCCCUGUCCACCUGCAAACUGCCCUUCCAGUGCGCCCACGGGCGGCCCUCCAUGGUGCCGCUGGCUGACCUGCUCCACCUGGACCCCGAGCAGCAGAGGCCUCCCAAGCCAAACAUAAGGAAGCUCAGGCUGAGGUACCAAGCCUGGAAACGGCAUGGGAACGAGUAAGGAAGACAAGAAGCUACGCGGCAACAUUGCAGAAACAAGACUGGGCAUUAGAUACCCCUCUGCUGUGAAUUUUAGCUGUUUAUUUAUACAUUAUUUAUUAAAUGAGUACAGCUCUGCAUAA